AUGAGGAGUAAGCGUUCCUCUGCUCGCGAGAGAGGAGAUAGAAGCGGUGGGCUGCCCGGCGGUCGCCAGCGCCGGGGCUGCCCGGGGGCCUCGCAGGCCGGCAGCGGGGCUGAGGCGGCGGCGGCGGCGGUGGCGGCAUCUCCCCUCGCGGCAGGCCGGGGCGCCGGGUCCCGGCCUUCCCCCCGCAGGCCCGGCCAGCCCCGGCCCCUCCCUGCCGCCCCCGGGGCUGCGGGGGCAGCAGGGGACUGCCUGCCGCUGGUGGCUGUCCGGCGGAGGCCGGCGGGCACCGCGGAGACGUGCGGCUGUGGAGAGAAAGGAGUUUCUGCCGGCUGUCCCCGCAGGGAGCCGCAGCCGCCGGGGGUGUCCCUCACAGCCCGGCGUCGGUGGCGGGCUGCGACACAGUCCUGCCCGGGCGUUCUUGGCAGCCCCCGGGGCAAGAGGCCUGUCAGGCUUCAGGGAGGUCGGCAGCGGCAUUUCCAGAGCAGUCCCGUCCCGUUGGCUCUCCUGCUUCCUUCCCCGGGCUGGGAGAAAGGAGGACGUCCUCGAAAGCAGGAAUGUCGGUAUUUGCAUGGGGAGUUUCAAGGACCUGCCUGUGGACGCGACGGCCCCUACACGCCUGACGUGUUCUUCUGGUGCUGCAUCCUCUUCUUCGCCACCUUUGCCCUGUCAAGCUUCUUGAAGAAGUUUAAAACCAGCCGCUACUUUCCAACCAGAGUACGGUCCACAGUGAGCGACUUUGCUGUUUUCCUCACCAUCGUCAUCAUGGUGCUCCUUGACUUCGUGGUUGGGAUCCCAUCGCCGAAGCUCCACGUCCCCCACGCGUUCAAGCCUACCAGAGACGACCGUGGGUGGUUCAUCAACCCCAUAGGACCCAACCCUUGGUGGACGGUGUUGGCUGCGCUCAUCCCAGCUCUGCUCUGCACCAUCUUGAUAUUCAUGGACCAGCAGAUCAGUGCCGUUAUUGUGAACAGGAAGGAGCACAAGCUGAAGAAAGGAUGCGGGUACCACCUGGACCUUUUCGUGGUGGCCGUGAUGCUCGGGGUGUGCUCUGUGAUGGGGCUGCCCUGGUUUGUGGCUGCGACCGUGCUGUCCAUCACCCACGUGAAUAGGCUCAAAGUAGAGUCUGACUGCUCAGCUCCAGGAGAACAACCCAAGUUUCUGGGGAUACGAGAGCAGAGAGUCACCGGCUUGCUGAUCUUUGUGCUCAUGGGCUGCUCCGUCUUCUUCACUUCCGUGUUAAAGUUUAUACCAAUGCCUGUGCUUUAUGGCGUCUUUCUCUACAUGGGUGUGUCGUCGCUCAGAGGAAUUCAGUUCUUUGAUCGCUUGAAGCUGUUUUGGAUGCCGGCGAAACACCAGCCGGAUUUCAUCUACCUGCGGCACGUGCCCUUGCGAAAGGUGCAUUUCUUCACGGCGAUCCAGCUGAUCUGCCUCGUCCUGCUCUGGACCAUCAAGGUGUCCCGUGCCGCCAUCAUCUUUCCCCUGAUGGUUUUGGCUCUCGUCUUUGUCCGGAAAGCGAUGGAUUUCUGCUUCUCAAAGCGAGAGCUCAGCUUUCUGGAUGACCUUAUGCCAGAAAGGAAGAAGAAGUUGGACGAUGGCAGAAAUGAAGCCGGAGAAGAAGGAGAGGAGUCCCAGAAGGCGCUGGAAGCUGCUGCUGCUGCAAGUUCAGUUCAGCUGAGCGUGGGGAAGACCAGUGACUUGGAUAUCGCAAAGCAACGCAGUGACAGGACUGAUCCUUCUGAGAUUAUUAUCCUGGAUGAAAUGUCACAAACGCCCGUAUGGAAGGCUCUCACUUUGAAGACAGAAACCCUUUGAAUCCAGGGAGGAAAAAGGAAUCUUGACUUUGAAGGAGAGGAGUGAGAGCGUGACUCGGGGAUAUGCCAACGCAGACAGAGGGAGAAGGCGCUUUGUUUCAGUUGGAGGAUUCCCAUUAAAGCCAUGCAGAUGUUUUCAGUUAUCCUUGGUGUGCUUCAGGCAUUCAGUAUCCCUAAACCAGCAAGCUGAGGUGAACGUCACAGUCAAUGGGAGUUCGGUGGUGCUAAGUCUGUGUGCGUACGUGCGUGUGGGGGUGUGGGUUUGCAGUGGUAGAGGGACUGCUACCGCUUUAUCCUUCAGUGCUCUUCUUUUAAUACCUAAUUCCUCCUCUUUUUUUUUUUUCUUUUUUCCAAAUGUAAACUGGGAAUGUCCAAAAUCAUCUUCUGUUAUAUUUGAUGCCUUCUCCACUUUCUUCUUCAUCACGACCAGGUUUUUGGUCUGGUUUGGGGUCCUGGCUUUAAUUCGCUCUUAUGUCUCUUACUGGUACGAGAGGGAUGCCCUCUGUGGCAGGGCAGCAUAGAGAGCGUCCGAGCAGCUGGCCUAAGGUGAAAGAAAAGCAUUUGCUCCCUGCGCUCCAGUUUUACCUCUCUUGGUUGGUUUGGAUUUUUUUUUUUUCGCUUUGGCUCUGCCAUCAGCCUGGGAGCUGCAAAAUGCAGAACUGCCACCUUCUUGUCCCCUGGCUGUAAACUGCAUCUAAGGGAGCACUUCAGGUAUUUGAUUUUGAAUACACCGUAGGGUCACAGGAGCGGCCAGAUGAGACCUGGGGCUCUGUGUCCCUGGGCUGCCCCCUCUGUCGUUCCUCCACUUUCCUUCUGUAUUGGGUCUGGCUGAGUUGGAGUUCCUUUACCCCCUAGCAGCCCUCGUAGUGCUGUGCUCUGUACUGGUAGCUAGAAAGCUGUUGAUAACCCAGCAGUGUUUUGGCCAUGGCUGAGCAGUGCUGGCACAGCAUCAAGGCCGUCUCUCUAACAUUCCCCCCCUCCCCAGUAGGCUGGGGGUGGGCAAGAUCUUGGGAGGCGGCGUAGCCAGGAAGAAGGCAUACAGGCAGCAAGAAGAGGCAUAUAGGUAGCAAGUAAAUCUGAGGUCCCUUCAGAUGCUGGGAACCCUGCCUUCAUGCAGCAUUGGGCAGACCCCAGGUGGAUUUUCCCUUGGCACACUGUACAGAUCCUGCCUGUGGAGAAGUUCCUCCUUUUUGGUCAUUCACGGUGUUAUACAACUUUUCUUAGAAGAAAACAACUCUAUUCAUGAAGGAUGUUCACACGCGGACUUCUUGC